UCCAGUUCGGGCUGAGGACAGGACGCCCCAGAAUCGGGAGCCUCCCUUCAGGAGAUAGGACCCUGGGCCCAAAGCAGCUGCCUCUUUGCUGCAGAGAUUUGGCACACCAGGUGACUGGGGGCAGGGGUGGGGGCACAAAAGAUCUGAGCGUUCCUCCCGGUGUCGCCAGAGAAGGUCCACGUUAGAGCCCGAAGCAGGUGACAACCUUGCAGGGACCACAGGCUGGCACGAUGCGCGUGGUCGUGAUCGGAGCGGGCGUCAUCGGGCUGUCCACCGCCCUCUGCAUCCAUGAGUGCUAUCGCUCGGUCCUACAGUCGCUGAAUAUGAUGGUCUAUGCAGACCGCUUCACCCCGCUCACCACCACUGAUGUGGCUGCCGGCCUCUGGCAGCCCUACCUCUCGGAGCCCAGCAACCCACAGGAGGCGCACUGGAACCAGCAGACCUUCAACUAUCUCCUGAGCCUCAUCGGUUCUCCCAACGCUGCAAACAUGGGCCUGGCCCCGGUCUCAGGCUACAACCUCUUCCGUGAAGCCGUUCCGGACCCUUACUGGAAGGAUAUAGUUCUGGGAUUUCGGAAGCUGACUCCCAAAGAGCUGGACAUGUUUCCUGAUUACAGCUAUGGCUGGUUCAACACAAGCCUGCUUCUGGAGGGGAGGAAGUAUCUGCAGUGGCUGACUGAAAGGUUAACUGAGAGAGGAGUGAAAUUCUUCCUGCGGAAGGUGGAGUCUUUUGAGGAGGUGGUAAGAGAAGGCGCUGAUGUGAUUAUCAACUGCACUGGGGUGUGGGCUGGGGCGCUGCAACCAGAUCCUCUGCUGCAGCCAGGCCGAGGGCAGAUCAUUAAGGUGGAUGCACCAUGGUUGAAACACUUCGUUAUCACCCAUGACCCUGAGAGAGGCAUCUACAAGUCUCCAUACAUCAUCCCAGGGCUCCAGGCAAUAACUCUUGGCGGCAUCUUCCAGCUGGGGAACUGGAGUGAGACAAAUAACAUCCCAGAUCACAACACCAUUUGGGAAGGCUGCUGCAGACUGGAGCCCACACUGAAGGAUGCAAAAAUUAUCGGUGAAUGGUCUGGCUUCCGGCCAGUACGCCCCCAGGUUCGACUAGAAAGAGAACAGCUUCGCUUUGGAUCUUCAAACACAGAGGUCAUCCACAACUAUGGCCAUGGAGGCUUCGGGCUCACCAUCCACUGGGGCUGUGCCCAAGAGGUGGCCAAGCUCUUUGGGAAAAUUCUGGAAGAAAGAAAUUUGCUCAGGACACCACCAUCCCACCUCUGAAGAUGCCAGUGACCACUGCCUCCCCUCACUAACUCCCUGCUUCUCUCAGUCACUAAAAACUGUGCUCCACCACUUGCCCCACCCCACCCCACCCCACUCCUGACUUCUUUCUGCAAGAAGCACAAGGUGAAAGGAAACCACAAGGUUAAUUCCAAGAAGUGAGUAUGGCUCUUCCGAUGGCCGAGGUAUCUCUCGAGUCCACGUAUAUGGUGUCAUUGCUUCCUUUUUCCUCCUAAGUUGGGUAGCAGAAUCUAUUAACAUAGGAAGGUCACCUGUCUGGAGCAGGACAGCAGACACAAAGAAGUACAGCCAGAGCUGUUACCCAGUGCGUUCGCAGAGGAAGGAAAGCUCAGAAAAUCCAAGUGGUGAGACAGCUCUGUGUGAGGAGGGUUGAGGAAGCUCUGAGUGAGGAAGCUCUGAGAGAGGAGGGUGUGAGGAAGCUCUGAGUGAGGAGGGUGUGAGGAAGCUCUGAGUAAGGAA